CUCUCUUUACUCUACUAACAGGUUCAGGUCAAUGUAGGUUGAGCUGACCGUAUUCUUUGGAAAAGUACUUCGUCCCAUCUUUGAUAUUCUCUUAUUCAACAGACUGUGACAAUGUCUUAAACCUCAAGUACCAUGCACAAGCACUCUUGGUGUGAGGACUAGAGUGUUACAGUAGAGCGUGCGGUGAUGGUGCAAGAGCAAGUGAUGGUCGUUCAAAGCCAGGGACCGCUGAGUGUUGUUCCGUCUGAGGAGCCGGUCUCAUCCUCUGCCAUGUCACCCACAGGUUACUCCAGGGAUGAGGUGGAUGCUGACUUACCCUCUAAGGAUCAGGCCAAGGAGUUCUACGCUAAAUAUGAGCCCAGGGAAGUUCUUGGGAGGGGUAUAAGCAGCACAGUACGGAAAUGUUUAGAGAAAGGGACUAGUAAUGAGUACGCAGUAAAGAUCAUCGACAUCAGUGGUGAGAAGACUGACAGCUACCAGGCGGAGCUGACAAAACGUGACACUGUGCGCGAGAUCAACAUUCUCCGCAUGUGCUCCAGUCAUCCACAGAUCAUUGAACUCCACGAUGCGUUUGAAACUCCAACCUUUAUAUUUCUAGUCUUUGAGCUGUGUCGACAAGGGGAGCUGUUUGAUUACCUGACCCAGGUGGUCACUCUCUCUGAGAAACGAACAAGGUUAUUUAUGAAGCAACUGCUCACAGCUGUAGCAUUUCUUCACAACAAAAAUAUUGUCCAUAGAGAUUUGAAGCCUGAAAACAUUCUCCUAGAUGACUCGCUCAACUUGAAGGUAUCUGACUUUGGUUUUGCAACAGUUCUUGGACCAAAUGAGGAGCUCACUGAGCUGUGUGGCACACCUGGCUACCUCGCUCCGGAGGUGUUGGCAGUGUCAAUGUAUGAUAAUGUUCCUGGAUACCGCCAUGAGGUAGACAUGUGGGCGUGUGGGGUGAUCAUGUACACACUCCUGUGUGGAGCCCCACCUUUCUGGCACCGCAAACAGAUGCAGAUGCUCCGUAUGAUAAUGCAGGGCAACUACAAAUUUGGCAGCCCUGAAUGGGAUGAUGUCAGUCAGGCAGCUAAAGAUCUGAUAUCUAAUCUGCUGGUAGUUGAUCCACGGAAACGACUGACGGCUAACGAUGCCCUCCAGCACACUUUCUUCAAGAGGGACGAGCUACCUUCACGCAGAAAGUUUCUUGCAAAGAGACAUUUUAAGGCCCUGGUGUAUGUAGUGAACUUUUACCACAGACUCAAGUUCUUUUACAACAACCCACCCCCAGUUUCUGUACAACUGAUGAAAGUCAAUCCAUAUAGUGUGAAAAUGUGUAGGAAACUCUUGGAUGGCUGUGCGUUCCGGAUGUACGGCCACUGGGUAAAGAAAGCAGACAAUCAGAACAGGGCCGCGCUCUUUGAGCAUGUUACCCGCGAUGAAUGGCAGAAUCUCUUCCCCAGAUGAUCAACGCAGUCUACCUAGCAAACAUAAUCCUACAUGUAUAUUAUAGUUAGGGUUUUAAAAUUGAUAACAAGGUUAAACAUAAGAGAGGUUGCAAGAUGUUACAUGUAUAUGUACUUGUAGGUGUAGUUAAGUGUCCUACAGGCUCAAUGAUACUAGCAUAAAUUACUUUCUAUGUGUUGUUGUUUUUGUUAUUUCUCUUGGGUUUCAAUAUUACAUGAUCCUACUCAAAUGUAUGUGGCAUACAUCCCAAACUUAAAUAUGGGUUGAUUCAGUCACUUACAUGGUUUAAACUUGUACAUUUUAUACACUCCUGGAUGAUGUCCUUCUAAAAUAGUUGAUAUAGGUACAUGUAGCAUUUUGCAACUUUAUUAUCUGAGAGACUUUUACUGGGACUCUUAAGUGUCCAUGAUAUGUAAGCACUGUAGGAUUACCCCAGCAACCUAGUCUGCAAGAUUUAGUAAGACACGACUAGAAAACAUGUAUAUAUUGUGAUCGGAGACUUAAUUGAACAUAGGAUUAUUGACAUUUGAAUUAGCUGUAAUUGUGUCCCCUACCAACCACUUUCCCAUGCUAACGCUAUCCUGGUAGUUGAUUAACUUUAUGUGCAUUUAGCUUGUGAUACAGUUGUUUUAUUCAGUUGGUUUGAGUUAGUUGUUUUAUUUUAGAAAAAAACACUUUUAUAGUUAAAUGAUGUAGUUUGUUGUAUAUGUAAUUGCUUAUUUGUUAGUUUUAAAGUGCUCCUGGAGAAGUGAGUAAAUGGUAUUCAUGUAAAAAGAUAUGAACAAUUUGACUUUUAACGUUGUUCCUUUUUUCCGUACUUGAAGAUGUUUGCUUAUUUAACUGAAAUGAAUACAUUGAAUUUUCUAUUGAUAAAAAUAUUUUAAGUCUAGGAAGAAUUAAAAUCAAGAAAAAAGACAACAGGUGUUUUGUAUGUAAUUGGCAAUUAUUUUAUUUAAACAUAAAUGUAAGCUUAAUAAUGUCUUUCCAGCUACAUUUGAAAAAUAAGUAUGCUCCAGGAUGGAUAGCUGUUAUAAAUUAAAUCUUAGAACUUACUUGUGUCUCCUUGAGGUUAAAAAGAACAUUGUUAAGUUGCUAUAGUGACUUGUCUUCUUCAAUUAGUCUCAUUCUCAUGUUAGGAAUAAUAUCGGAAGUGUAGCAGACUCAAGGACAUAGCGGGUCUGUUAACAGAACAACAUUUACAUAGCUUUAUUGUUAACACUAGCAGACAUUUUAUUUUAUUGCCAUUGAAAAAAUGAAGAAGAAAUUGAGCAUGUCAUUAGUUCUGCCUUGUGUUAAACUAAAAACUGUUUUUAAAAUAUUGUUAUUAAGCAGAAGCUACCCUGAGUUUCCUUAUAGUUAAUUAAUAGUUGCAAGCUUAUACAUACUUUUACAACCAAUUAAUUCAUUUCAGGUGUUUAUAGUUUCCAUGCCUGUUAAUUUGUUGUUGUUGUUUUCAAAGAUUACUGUCAAUAUGAAUACAAUAGAUAGUAUUGGUCAAAUGUAUCAUGGCCAUGCACACUGUAAUGACAUUGUAUAUGUUCUUGUUGAAAUAUUUAAGGUACAGAGAUCUAGGAUUUUUUUAAAUGCUUUUAAAAUUGUUGGAUUGUUGAAUAUUCAGUUCUUUAAAUGAACACUACUUCUUCAUAAUCUACCUUACCGGGUAUACAUUGAGUGAAAACUUAAUUGAAAAAUGACCACAGAAAGUAAUAAUAUACACUCUUUUCUAUAUCAUAUUGCAAAAAGGCACAAUUUUAAUACACACAACACCUCAACAGACAAGAAAAUGCCAAUGGCAGGUUGUCUUAAGUCUUUAUGAGAAACAUAAAUCAUGUAUAUUAGGUGAUCAAAAUAAGAAGAGGAUGCAUGGCUGUGGUGAUGUUUAGAGCCAGCUAUCUACAGUUUGUCUGAUGUAACCUGUUGUAUAUGAUCACUAAGUCUUGACCAUUCCUUUAAUGUUUCUGCAGCAUGUUAACAUGUGAAUACUUGCCGAUCAUGUGUCAUCAUUAUGUUUACUUGAAUCAGUUACAUGUGAUAAUACGUUCAUGAAUUGAACUAUUUGUAAUUAUUAUUAUUGCACAUUUAAAGAACCCUUUUGACCCUGCUGAAAUAUGUCUCCCAUCUUUAUUCAAGACCAGGCUUUUGUUAAAGAUGGAUGGCCAGAUUUGAUAAAUAAACAGGAAGCAUUUUAAUUUUUUUAGUUUGACUUAACAAAAAAUACGGAUGGCUUUCCUACUCGUCGGUGGAUGUAUACACCGGGUAAGUUUUUUUUGGCAUAUUGAGAUAUUUAUCAAAAUAUCAUCUUGAUUUACUUAGGAAAUGUUGGUCAAAGUCUUCAUGCACAUAGGGAUUUUUAGUCUUAUCUCAAAAAAUGUUAAUUCAUAUGACUCGAGUCUUUACACAGCAGUUCAGGGCCAUACGAUAGUUAAUAGAUGUCUCUCUUUUAUCCUAAAUCAGUAUUGACUUAGAAAGUUUAGUUUAUCUUAUUUGGCACAUAUUCAUUUACUCAAAACAAGUUAUAGCCCAAUUUUGACAUUCACAUAUUUUAUCAAUAAUGCAUGCUAUUCAGUUAUUUAUCUUAUAGACAUAGCGUCGUAUAGUCUAGCGUGCAGCAACUGAUUUCAAUAUGAUAUAAAUCUUGCCUAUUUCCACCAGGUUACAACUUAAAAUUUGCAUUCUUCCCCCCCCCCCCCCUUUAUAUUUAAGUAUGAAUAGAUUUAUAUAGCUAAAAGGAAAAAAGAAAAUGCCUAUUAUGCUCAAGAUUCUGUACAACCAUAUACACUGCACCUUUUACCCAGAAAUAUAUUGGCAAGUGUGGUUUCAAUUCCUGCAUACUCUUAAUUCAAACAAUGAAAUAAAAACUCUUAUAUCAAAGCUAUCAAUAUCCGAGUGGCCAGCCAGGCUUUAACUCUCCAAGUUAAUGUUUCCUAGUUUCUCUACCCUUUUUAAACUUAAAACCUGAGAAAUUGUAAGCAGGUUUCUUACAUUCAUAAUUCAAUUAUUACCUUUCUUUUGAAAACCAUAUUUGAACAUGUAAUACAACAAUGUAAUAUACAGGGCCAAGCCCAGAAGCUAGGCACACAUUACCAAUGGAGUUUUAUGUGUUUAUUGUCGAAUAUUUUACAUUUGUUUUUUUAAGUAUAUAUCAGUAAAAGCAUGCUGUAAUAACAGAGUUUUACCCAUAUUUUGUAAUGAAUUCCUUAACAUACAAUGAGUGCUACGUUUGUUACAUUUUAUGUCAAUGUCUUCGACCUUUUAGUAUUAUCAAUAUCAUGAAACUACUAUAUUCUUAAAACAAACUGGGAUACUUAAAUUUAUUUAAAAAAUGACGUCUAGUGGUAAAAAAUGUUUUUUGUUCUCUAAAAGUACAUUCUAGUGGUAAGAAAUUGGUUAAUUUUCUUAAAGUAUAAUGAUUGUGGCUGACCUGUAAAUACUUUCAGUGCUUAAAAACAUUUACAUUCAAAAAAACAACAACAAUAUGUGGCCACAAAUAAGCAAUUCUGGAAUGUAGUUACAAAUAAGGAAAAUUACAGGUUCCUUAAAAUGCGUUUUUGUAGAACAUCUUGCUUCAUCUGCUGGUACAUAUUUGUGUUUUAUAACUGUAAUCUUAAUAUUUUCAACAUCAACAUUUUUUUGCAUAUUAACUCCGAAUCCAGCUAGUUUGCGAUCUGUGAUAGAUGUAUACAAAUGACAUGUGUAUAGCGGGUCAAUUUCAGGCUGAAUUUGCUUGUAGGUUGUGCACUGUCAUGUAAAUACCUUCUAAGUAGGUCAAACAAGUUAAUAAUAAGUAUGGGGAAGUCAGCAAUCUUACACUUCCCAAGAAUCUUUCAUAGAUAUAUACUAAAGUGCUUUUACAACGACUGUUUCUGAUUUAAAUAUAUUUACACAGUUAACAACAAAAGAAACAUAAUUGGAGUAUGCCAGCAAACUCAGAUUAAAUAACUUGUUUUACUUAUGGUAAAUUAUUUUAAACAUGCAUAUUUCUUGCUGAUUAUUUGUUACCUGAUAGUACUCUUACAUUCAGAGAUAUCUAUGUGUGCUUACUAAGUAUUCUAAAAUAUUGGAUACUUAAUAGCGUAUCAAACACUGUUGGAGACAGACUGUAAAUAUAUUUUACUGAUUUUACCGAGUUUUAAGACACUUUUUAUUGUUGCCCAUAGCAUGCAAUCUGCUUUUGUUGUUUUUGCCGAAAUAAAAUGAAGAAGUUAA